AUGGCCUUCGACACCACGGAGGAAUUCCUGGCACACAGAGGCAUGACGCCCCUGCUAAAGAUGUUACGUGGGGCCUACAAGGAGCUGACGAUUUUGGGCUUCAUCUCCCUGACAGUAUUCGCCACCGUCCGUCUCGGUCAAAUGCAGAAACUCAAUGACAAGUAUUUGGGCGUGUCAAAAACAGAAGCAGCAGCGCUCCGUGAGGCAGAAGAAGCGGGAGAAAACCUGUCACCACCAACCCACCUGACGGAAGUCUUCGAGGAGAUACACAUUCUCAUUUUUACCAUAAUGUCCCUAUUCAUUCUCGCCGCAGCAGCCUUUACCGUAGUUGGCUACCGUCUCCUAAGGAAAUACGAGUACAUGGACGCCAAGACAGAAACCGACCUCAGAAACGAUGUCACACUGUUGCAAACUUCCGGGGAUAUCAGUGAGCUGCAUGUCAACGAGUCACUGACUUACUGGGGCCUUCGUCAAAGAUUCUUUCACCCCACGAUCCUUAUGGUUCCGAGGCCACGAGAGAGAGAGAUUGGUUAUCCACAGUUUUCGUUCUCGGACUACAUCAGCUAUUGCUUUGGUGACACACUGGCGGGAAUGGUCGAGCUCCCCCCAUCCAUCCUGAUUCUAUCAUUCCUUAUCGUACUACUCCUCCGUCCCGCCCUCGAUCUGUCUGGGAGAGAAAUCAUAGUAUUCAUGGUUUUGGUGGCAUUCGCUCUGCUCGGCAUGACGGUGCUCGCAGUGAUGUACGUCAGAUACGUCAACGAGAAACUGAGGCCGGAUUCAGCAAGGCUGCGGGCAUUUUUUGGGGAGGCGAGAGCAAGUAGCGAUCAGAUGCAACAGGCUAUUGCCGCCCCCAUAGAUGACAGCGGAUAUAUCAACUUUGAUAAAUUCAAGGCACUCGUCAUGCUUUUGGGAAACUUCGGAGUGACGCCGGAAAGGUACCAGGGGUUCCAGGAAAGCCGGCUUCACAAGCUGUUCAGGUCUCUUGACAUGGAUCAGGACAACAGAAUAUCGAAAGAGGAGCUACGCCAAACUCUCCAAGGGUAA